AUGGACGCUGACUUAUUCACCCAAAGCGCAGAUCUAGCUGAUAGUGUGUCAGACAUCUGUGUGACAGCAGAAGACGUUAAGGAGGCACUGGUAGAACUGGGAGCCACCGUAACGGAUGGACGGCUCGUAGAUCUAGUUUGCGGGAAGUCUAGCGGCCAACUUGCUAGCAUGCACUUGUCCGGCGGCAUAAAGUACUUGGUUUCGAAAGGAUUCAUAUCGCAUUCCGCAGGUGGCACCGCUGUCAGCACAAUCUUAGCAGGCGGGCAAGCACGAGCUCAAGAGUUAACCUCGGAAAGGUGCUCGCGGACAGUGAACGUUUCGGGAGUAAUAGAAUUAUUGCGGCAAUUAGAGACUAACGACCAAACAGUUUUUCAUUGGGCAAGCAAAAGCCUUUACGAAGGAUCAGCAAGUGUAUUGAUUGAGCUAACCGAGUGCGGAGGACCGGAGGUCGAUGAAAGGUCUCGAGAACAUCUAAUGAGUGUGAGAGACGAAGUGCGGAACGCAGAAGAGUUCGGAUACGAAAUGAGCAUCGGUGACGUAGCAACGGCCACCAUUAUGUUAGUCUUAAAGAAAAACGGAAGAGACAGGCUUCGGCGGGCCGUCUUUGAUAUUGCGGGGCGGUACAACGGUGCCGAGGCCUCGCCGUACUACAGACAGACCCUAGGGCACACGCUGACCAAAAAUCGGCAUUACUACGGCGUGAUCAGGGCGGCGACUAGAGAUAAGAUUGAUACACCACUGCCAGCUAAGGUUACAUCAACUAAGAACGUUGAGUGGAAAGGGGAAGAUCUAUACGAAUUCAGGUACGGCAACCUCUCCGUGAUCCUAGCACUGGCAGUAGGGCUCGUGCUCACGGGUGUGGUCGCUUCGAUGGUGAACUGGCAGUCCGAUGAGGGCAACCGCGCCGACUCCAUAUCCGCAGUUUUGGCAGCCGUGGCAGUACUAAUGGGGCUGGUACCUUAUCUUGUGUCAGAAGUCAGUAGUAGAAGAUCCGACAAGAGGAUGAUGCUACGAGGUUACAGGCUAGUGGAAGGCAGCACACUGCAAGGCGACAUGCGAAUCCACGCCAUUUCAGCCGCAAUCCGAGCCGGGAAAGGGCAACACUUCACCUCACAAUGGUGCUGUCUAAUACCAGAGCACACUGGAGGGCGGUACACUCUUGACACGCCACUUACGUUACAGGAGUGGAUAGACGUGGGUGCCGAAGUGGUGACAGGCAACACUCCCGAGCUAUUCAUCAAGUUGGCUGGCGUUACUUACGCCCUAGGACGGGGCUCUGGUGCAGCCAUGCAUGGCUACGUAGUUGCAGGUAGAAUCGAGGGAGUAGAGAAAGCGCGAGUAUCUAGCGAAGGACGAAGUGUGAGUGUAGGAUACACACCACCAGGCAGAUACACAGAGAGAAGAAAGGAUACUUAAAAAGACAUCCGGACCCCAAAACCCAAAACAACAGGGACGGAUGUGGCAGGUGGGGUGUGUGUGUGUGGGGGUGUCAGUGGGGGCGGAUACAGUAAUGUGGACGUGGAGAAAAUGUGCAGUAAUUUUAUAGAUUUCGGGAACACUGGCGAACGUUGCAGUGUCAGGACUGGUGCCAGUCAGCAGGCGACGCACUGAACAACAAACGGCCAAGCGAUAAAUGAACAAAAAGUUU